GGUGCAUUGUGGGCGUGCACGGAGAAGUAAAAUGGCGGACUUGGCGAACGAAGAGAAGCCUGCCAUAGCUCCUCCAGUGUUUGUGUUUCAGAAGGACAAGGCACAGAAGAGAUCCGCAGAUGGGUCGAGUGCGGAGGACGGGGACGAUUCAGAUCGAGAUGAUGGCGAGUACUGUCCUCCGGUAAAGAGAGAGAGGACCUCAUCUCUGACCCAGUUCCCCCCGUCACAUUCAGUUCCCAAGAAUAAUAUCUUUAUGCCCUCAAGUUUAUGCCAGUCUCCAACUGGUAAUUCAGACUCGGAGCCAGAAGAGAAGCCUGUCGGGUUCAGGUUGAAACCUCCCACGCUAAUUCAUGGCCAGGCCCCAAGCGCAGGUUGUUUUCCAGGCGUUCCAAGUCAGAAGCCCAAAGAACAGCAGCGCAGUGUUCUGAGGCCAGCUGUUCUACAGGCGCCUCCGGCCAAAACCCUCACAGAAUCCAUCAAGACCAACUCCAGCUGUGGAACAAAUGGAGUGGGGAAGUUUGGAGAUUCAUCAUCAGAGAGCCGAUCCGUUUUCCUGAACAACACAGAGAGCUCGGACAAAUCACCGAAGCGGGAGAAGGAAGGAGAAGAAAAUGGAGGUGGACAGAAAGACGACUGCAGUGAAAAGAAGGAUAGUGCGGUGGACUCAUCGUUUGUGUUCGGGCAGAAUAUCAAAGAGCGAGCGAAGUUGGAUGAAAACAACACGUCCAGUGACUCAAAAGACUCCACACGAGAUUCUCAGUCUGGCAGCACCAAUUAUUUCUUACAGUACAUGGGCAGCGCUAGCUCCAACAAUGCCACCAACAGCUCAGAUAAAGGCUCCAAGUUUGUUUUUGGCCAGAACAUGUUUGAGAGAGUUCUGAGCCCCCCAAAAGGAGGCGAGGUGUCAGUCGAGGCCAGUAAAGACAGUUCAGCUCCAGCAUCUGAGCCGUCAUCACAAGAGGCCACACCUGAGAAAAAUCACAGUGUAACCGAGUCUCUGGAAGAGUCGGCAGCCGCGUACACCAAAGCCACUGCCAAGAAGUGCAUUCUGGAGAAAGUAGAGGUCCGCACAGGAGAGGAGGCGGAGAGCAACGUGUUACAGAUGCAGUGCAAGUUGUUUGUGUUCGAUAAGCCAGCUCAGUCGUGGGUGGAACGAGGCCGCGGUCUGCUCAGACUUAACGACAUGGCAUCCACCGACGACGGCACCUUACAGUCAAGAUUAGUGAUGCGCACGCAGGGCAGUCUGCGGUUGAUCCUCAACACGAAGCUCUGGCCUCAGAUGCAGGUGGAUAAAGCCAGUGAGAAGAGCGUUCGUAUCACAGCCAUGGACACUGAGGACCAGGGCGUCAAGGUCUUCCUCAUAUCGGUAGGAUGAACACCUCU